GAAGAGGAUAGCGAGGAACGGAACAAACCAGAGGAGCUCCAGUAUGAAAUUCAUCUCUGCUUAUUACUUGCUGCCUCUCUUUCCUGCACUGGUCUUCAGCGCUAGACAGGGCUAUGAAGAACUGGAAAGACAGCUGAAAGAAGUCUUUAAGGAAAGGAGCAAUAUCCUUCGUCAACUGUCGAAGACUUCUAAAGAACUUGAGGGAAUUAAAGUAAACCUCCAGUCUUUGAAAAAUGAUGAAGCAUCAGCCAAAAGUGAUGUGCAGAAACUUCUGGAACUGGGCCAAAAGCAAAGGGAAGAAAUGAAAUCUCUCCAGGAGGCCUUUCAAAAGCAGCUUAAUGAGGCAGCUGAGAAAGCAGAAAAGCAGCAGGCUACCAUUAAAUUUCUGAAGACCGAAAUGGAAAGGAAGAGCAAAAUGAUCCGUGACCUCCAAAACGAGAACAAAAGCCUCAAAAACAAGCUCCUGUCAGGGAACAAGCUUUGUGGUAUUCAUGCAGAAGAGUCAAAAAAGAUCCAAGCCCAGCUGAAAGAGCUUCGUUACGGGAAAAAGGAUUUGAUUUUUAAGGCACAACAGCUAACAGAUCUGGAGCAAAAACUAGCAGUUGCAAAAGAUGAAUUGGAAAAGGCGGCCCUUGACAAAGAGUCCCAGCUGAAAGCUCUGAAGGAGACUGUGCAGCUUUGCCUGUCUUCCGUACUGCACAAUCAGCCUCCUGCUAGGAAUCUUAUCCCUUCAAAACCAGCUGAGAAGCUGACAUCCCCAGUUACAAAGGGCUCAAAAGUUCCAUUCCAAGUGACAAGCACCAAGCGAAAUGCCUCGGCAGAGAAUCUUCACGUGGCCUCAAGAAAGGAAGAAAAUCAGAGCAUCCAGGAGUGCGAUUCUCAAGAUGUUGGCAAGACGUGUUUGGGGAAUCGCAAUAAUUCAACAUCUCGUUUGAAGACAGCAGAAACAGAGACAAGCUUUCAGCAGAAGUUGCACAGCCCUCCGUGGAGUAAACCUGAAGAUAAAAAAUCACCAGAAAGAAACGAGAAAAAAUUUGAAGAGUCUGUUAGUACAAAAGAAAAAAAACUCUAAGCACUACUAAUCUACAUUAAAAAUGCCCAUCACUUGCUUCCAUCUUC